CCACUGAAAGCGCGUCACUGAGCUCGCGAGCGCUGCUGCGGAAAGCGUCGGUUGAAAUUCAAAAAAUAACGAGUUCCUUCUUACUAACGCUCUAGAGAGCGACCUUAUUACCAUGAGUAGCUCGAUAGAGCCCACUGUGGACCUCACGAGAUGCUCUACUAGUAGCGUGCCGUCCCUUCAGGAAUCCCUGACAGAGAAAAUGGCAAAAUUCAAAGAAGCAAGGGAGAGCCGACAAAGUCUUCUGAAGGCUGCUCACCGGUACAUUAUUGAAGUGUUGGCUGCUGUCCUGUGUCUGGACGAUGCAGUGGUUGAAGAGUUUGUUCUUGAUGCACCAUCUUUAGCCCCGUUUGAUGAUUUCUUUGUCAAGGGAGGGGAAAGAACAAUUGCAUUUGUGUACCAAGAAUCUGAAGUACCAGGAAUAGAAUGUGGUCGCACUUUUCCUGGCACUGAAGAGGGAGCCAAAAUAAUGCGCCUGUUUCUGGCAAACUUAAAAGAGACAACUCUUUUUGGGCUUUGUCUGUUUUUUAUGAGAAACAACGUGAAUGUUGCCAUCAACUCAGAGACCAUCCAUCAGGAGAUCAGCUUUUCCAUGCUCGAUGCUUCAGAGGGUGUACUGAUGGGACAACGAGAUUUGUUAUCAAAGGUGUAUUUACCUGCAAUAUGUGCAACAGAAGACUGGGGCAUCCUGACCAACACUGAAGAUGAAGAGAAAAUCAAGCAGAAUUUUAAAAAUGCCAUACUCAACUACAUUAACUUCCUAGAUGAAGCUCAGAUGAUGAUGGAAAGUGUUCAGCUGUCAGAGGCCUCAGGUAUUGACUUCUCCAGACUUAUGACUGCUGAUGACAUGAAAGCAGCAGGUGAAGAUGUGAGCAUGAUGCGCAAAUGCGAGAAAGUUCUGAUGAUGUGGUGCAAAGAGAUUGAUCAGGUGCUCACAGACAGUGAUCAAAUAAGAAAAGAGGAUGAGGCAUCAGGGAUUUUAACAGAACUGAAACACUGGAAGAAGAUAUCUGCUAAGUUGCGUUCCAUCACUGAAGAAAUUAAAGGAACCGAGUUUAAAACCGUGUUGAAUUCCCUCCUUGUAAACCAAUCAAAGAAAUUGAAGAUUUGGCGGGAUUUGGAUACCAGAUUAACAGACUACUUAAACGAGGCAAAGGACACUGUAAAACUUCUGUCCAUGCUAGAGAAAAACUGUCAGCCUCUUUACAGCUUUGAUCCAGUCACUAUGGCCAAGAGUAUCCAGUUAAUCACAGACUCCAUCUUCAUGAUGCAGUAUGUCUCGAGAUAUUGCAGCACCUCUCAACAUAUUACUUUACUGUUCAUCAAAGUUACAAAUCUGAUGCUAACAGGCUGCAGUGCAUACAUCACUGAUAAUGGUAGCUCUCAAAUUUGGGAUCAGGACACGGAAACCAUAAUAAAAAAGAUACAGGGGUGUAUGUACCUAUUUCGAGAGUACCAGUCCUGCUUCCGCAAGACAAAGGAACUGAUCCUUGAGCAGAAGCCUGCAGGAAAACCAAUUGAGGUGUCAGAGAAACCCAUUUUGGGCAAAUUUGAGAGAUUCUGCAAGAGGCUAAAGAAGAUAUCUCAGAUGAUGACAGCCGUGAAAACAUUCUCCUUGCUAAGCCACUCGAAGAUCGAGGGAAUAGACUUUCUAGCUGCAAAGUUUCAGAACAUCUACAUCAACAUGAAAACAAAACAGGACAACAUGCUGGAUCAUGGAAAUAAAGAGUUUGAAGUUGAAUUUGCCGAGUUCACAUCACAGAUAAAUAACCUGGUGCUUCAACUGGAGGAUUUCAUGAGCUCAAGUAUUUCCAAGAUACAGUCAUGUCAUCAUGCCCUGAACCUUUUACAAAGGUUUCAGAAACUGAACAUGCCCUGGCUGCAGGCGGAAAUCUCCAAGAAUUAUAGCCUUAUUCUGAACCGCUUCGUCUCAGAGCUUGAACAUGUAAAAGAGCACUACCAGUCCAACAGAGAAGACCCUCCUCUCGGCAGAAACAUACCUCCAGUGGCUGGCGGGAUUCUCUGGGUCAGGAAUCUGUUCAAUAAAAUACAGGAGCCCAUCAGGAACUUCGAGAAAUACUCUGACAUCUUGUCCACCCCUGAGGGAAAGGAAGUUGUACAGAUGUACAACAAAACUGCUGCUCUGUUUGUGGAGUUUGAGAUACUUCACCACAAGGCUUGGAUGAAGGAGGUCUCAGAACUGAAGGAUACCCUGCAGGUGGCCCAUCCUAAGAUGCAAGAACUGUUUGUAAACUUUGAAGCUAAAAUACACAAGAUCAUCAGAGAAACCAAACUGAUGCAGAAAAUGGGAAUGGAGGUUUCUGAGCAGGCUCUGUAUUUCACCUCAAAAGCAACACACUUAAAAGCCACAUAAUUCCAUUUAUUGUCGAUUGUAAGGCUACAACUGAGAAAAUCCCUGAGUUUUAUAGUCUGAUGAUGCCAAAAAUGUAUUAGAUUAGAUUAGAUUAGAUUAUACCACAGCACUGCUGUGUUCUCAAAUCUGAUUGUCAGAUGAUCUGUCUGUUGAUUAAUUUUCCAUAACAGCAUGGCUCAUUCACAGAGACUUGUAUGUCAGAUGCUUCAUCUACGGCUAAUAAAAAGGAACAGAUCCGGAAUUUACAAAGCAGUAUUAAUGAUUAAAGUUUCAUUUGCGACUAACAAACAGUUGUCCAUUUUCAAUUCAUAAAAAAUUUAAACAUUACUAAAAAUUAUUGUGUUUUGUGUACUCAUGCCAUACAUCAUUUGAAAGGUCCUGAUAAGUAGAUUAUGUUCAGCCCAACACUUACGGCCCUGGAGCUAGCACUUAGAGUUAAAACCCAACUCGUUCUCCCCUCAGCUCUAAUAUUUCUGUUAGAUUUUGGCUUAUAGUUUCAAAAAUCAUAAAUGUAAUGUGGAAAACUGCAUAUACUGCACACUAUAAGGCCAAAAUGCAGACACCUGACCAUCCCAUUCCAAAACCCUGGCCCCCCAAAUAUGGAUUUGGCCCCCUUUGGUGGAGGAGGUUUGGUCACUCUUCUAGCUAAAACGGCAGUGCACUCUGGGCAAUUACUGUGUAUUGCUGCACCAUGUACGUUUUUUUUUUUCCAGCCUCAACCUAAUUUUUAGAUUAAAAUAUGCCAUUUAGACAUCA